UUUCUGAAAAUUCAGGGAACCUAAGUCCCUGUUAAGCAUAUUUCUCUGACCAAAUUUAUUAUUUAUUGUCUUCACUUAUUUUAUGUUGUUUACAUAUUGCUAGUGACUCUUGCUUGUCUGGUCAUUAUUUCUACAAUGUGUCAAUCUGAUAGUUGUGGCAAAUGAUCUGUGGCUGUCGAUCCUGAGGUUAGCUUCUGUGAAAUCAUGUCUUCAGGUUCAUGUAUUUCUAUCUAGAUUGGAUAUUGGAUUCGCAGGACAGUGGCCCAUGUUAUUAAAUACUUGAAAGAUGUUCUGACCAGUGACCACCGAACCAAAUAUGCUGCUCACAAAAUUGGUUGCAUCUGAAUGUGCAGAAAUUCUCCAAAAUUGGUCAUGAUCUUCCAUACAGUUUACGACAUUUCUAUUGUUAAAGAAAAUUGUGUGACUUAUAAUAGCACUUGUUUUAAGCGUUUGUCUCCAGAGAGCAUAAUUGAGAGCACUCACUCAAGGUUAAAUAAUGAUUGUCCUCAAUUUCCUUUGCUCCCCCAAACCCCAUACAACUUUUUGUACUGUAAGUAAUAAAUAUUUGAAGUAGCUAGCAAGAAAACUAGACAAGAAAUAUAUCAUUAAGGAUCAGAUCCUCCAUCACCAAUGGCGAAUUGCUUUAGUUAGGUCGCAGAAGAACUGUGUCUGCUCGCUAAUCACAGUGCAGUAAACAAAUUAAAUUACAGUUUAGUUAAUAAUAUGAUUGGAAAGAAUCCUGUAAGUGGCAAUGAUUAGUGAGUUAGACACAGCAUUGCAAUAUCAAUUGGUGAUAUUAUUAAUGUAGUUGAGUGAGGAGAUGAGCAGCAAAUAGGGUAGACAUAAAUGAUAUGAAUGUAUUUAAUCACAGAAUCUACUAUCCUCCAGGAUAGAAAUCUUUUGGACACCUUUCACUUUUUGUUUCCCACAGCCCUAGACGGAGCAUUUCUCUUGUGUCUGUGUUUUGGAUAUAAGGUGCCGAUGACUCAUAUGUGAUUGGUUGCUAUCAACAUAUACUCUUUUGGUGAUUAAUCUAACAUUUAUUUUUGUGGUCAUAAAAAGUCAGUCGUGUGCAUGAAUUUCUUCUGAAUUUCUGAUAUUUGGUAUGAUAUCCCUAAAUGGGCAAUUCUGCGUGGCAAUCAAUCAUGCUAGUGCAGCUGUAACCAAAUCAUGCAUUGGGUCCAAAAUGGAUAGCUCCUGACCCACUCCAUCCAUGAUGUUCACAGGUUCAAAACACCAAUACUCACUUUGAUUCAUGAGAAUUGACUCAAUCAGAACUUCACCCACAUUUCUAUCUAUUUUAAUAAGCCUUUUUUUUUUUUAUGUGUAUAUUUAUUGAAACUGGCAUCUACCUAUUCACUGCAUGGUAAUUGUCACUGACGCCAUGAAAGGGAGAUAUGGAAUGGUGAGAAGUGCAAAACAUAAGGGGCUGAUCCAGCUGUUGCUUUCAGAGCCCAGAUCUAAGUGAAUUCACUGAGGGUGGAGGGGUUUCAGGAACAAGUCUAGAGUUCUUGUGGGAAUUUAAAGCCAUGCAAAACGACAUACAGGGGCACAUUUAAGACACCCCAUCAGCCCCUUAUGCUUCUGCAUCCUAACAUCACUUUCUAGCUUUCCAACUAGACUAACAGGAUCUCUGUCAUAAUAGUUUGAAGGAAAGCAGUUGCAAUGGGUAAAAGAAAAUUAUAAAAUAAAUGCAUUAGCUUCCCCUUGUUUGUCAUUUAUGAUCUACUAUGAAUUUUUGGUAUAUUUACUUCCCUAAGUCAUCCUAAAUUUCACCGUUAGUUCUCUUGGAGGGACCCACAGACUUAUUUAUAUCAAACUGUACUGCCACUCUCUUCUUCCAUAAAAUCCAGACCUGAGAAGCCUCUGCCAUUUUUACUAUCUAACCCUGCAUUUAUGCACAGCAGAUUCAGUCUGCUUUCUGUUUACUCUGUAGGUUGCUCGCCCUUUCUUCUAUCUUUAUGGCUCUCCUUCUCUUUAUUAUUUUAAUCUUUAUGAUCCCUUCAAGCAAUGCCUAUGGGCCGCCACCUUCACCUGGCUACUGGCCAAGCUCCCAAUUCAGGUCUAUGAGCUUUUACAAAGGAUUUAGAAGCCUCUGGGGUCCUCAGCACCAAAGACUACAAAAAAAUGAAUUAAGAAUAUGGCUUGAUAGAACCUCAGGCAGUGGCUUCAAGUCUAUUCGCCCAUUCCGUUCUGGUUACUUUGGUGCUUCCAUUAAGCUCCAACCUGGCUAUACUGCAGGCGUUAUAACAUCCCUUUAUCUUUCAAACAAUGAAGCACAUCCGGGCUUCCAUGAUGAGGUGGACAUUGAGUUUCUGGGGACAACAUUUGGAAAGCCUUAUACUUUGCAGACCAAUGUUUAUAUAAGAGGAAGUGGGGAUCGUAAGAUUAUAGGCAGGGAGAUGAAAUUCCAUCUCUGGUUUGAUCCUACCAAAGAUUUUCAUCACUAUGCUAUACUAUGGAGUCCCAAGGAAAUAAUAUUCUUUGUGGAUGAUGUGCCCAUAAGGAGGUACCCGAGGAAGAGUGCGGCAACUUUUCCAGUGAGGCCAAUGUGGCUUUAUGGUUCAAUAUGGGACGCUUCAUCAUGGGCAACAGAAGAUGGCAAGUACAAAGCUGAUUACAGAUACCAGCCUUUUGUUGCAAGGUACACCAAAUUUAAGGCUAGUGGCUGCUCAGCCUAUGCCCCAGCCAGGUGCCACCCUGUCUCCGCCUCGCCGUAUCGCGCCGGUGGCCUUACAAGACAACAAUGCCAGGCCAUGAGAUGGGUGCAGAGAUACCACAUGGUUUACAAUUAUUGCCAGGAUCCCAAAAGAGACCACAGUCUAACCCCAGAAUGCUGGCGUUCUUACUGAUAUUGGGAUGCUUUAUUAAUAUUACCCCUCAGAUCAAACACUGUUCAUCUGUGAGACUCUGACUUGCUGUGUUUCCACCUUUCACAAAGUUUCUUUUUUUCUUUAUUGUGUGGUGUCUUAAAUUGGCCCCCAUUCUUGACAACGACGUUGAUGCAAGUGUCCGGAGUAGAGCGUUCAAGGCUCCCGAGACAACUAAAUUUGGAAGAUCAUGUCGGUGUUUGGUUUUUGCUUAACAUUUGUUGAUUCUGGUGAAAAAGAAAUGGAAGAGAGGAAUAAGAUCAAUGUCAAAUAACAAGCAAGGAAUUCUGCGGUAUUGGGUGGAUCGUGGCAUUGGAGAGAGUGUAAAAUAUAAUAGGCACGCUCUUCACUGUAUGAUGGUACUGUUAUUUAAAUGUUGACUACGAGAUUUUGUGUUGGGCAUGUUCUGCUCUGAUCCAAGACUCAUGCAAUGAAUCUUCAGUUAUUAAUAUGAGAGUCCCAUUUUUCAUUGUCC